CCCUCCUCUCUCCCUGUAAUUCUGCCUGGCUUGUACAUAUAGUACGGUGACUUUACGUUUCGAAUUUCAUGCCAUCAGAACAUUUGACUCAAUUUUAGAAUGGACAGUCAAAACGUUGUUUAUGAUAAAAACAACACCCGCUGCCCUCUUUUUCUUACGAACUCGGACGACUACAAAUGUGUUCUGAUCCUCACAGUGAAGCGGGUGACUGCUGCCUUCUCUUUGAUAAGCUGCUUUUUCAUGCUCUGUGUGAUAUGGCUAUUUCGGAAAUACAACUCCCUGGCCCAGAAAAUGAUCCUUUGUCUGACGAUAGCUGCCUUCUUCGACAGUAUUGCCUAUGUCAUGGGAGAUGUUCAUCCAGAUGGGGUGAUAUGCAAUUUUCAGGCCUGGUGGCUUACCUAUUUUGACUGGUGUUCCUUGGCCUGGGUCUGUCUUAUCACAUUGAAUCUCUACCUCAACUUGGUAAAGGAGAUGAAAACAGAUCGCUUUGAAGUACUGUACCAUCUCAUGGCCUGGGGGGUGCCAUUUGUGAUGUCGUGUCUCCCCCUCUUCAGAGACUACUACGGCCCAGCCGGUGCUUGGUGCUGGAUAACAGAUGAUCACGUAGCCUGGAGAUUUGGCAUAUGGUACAUCCCACUGUUCACCCUAAUUUUCCUGAUGAUACUCUGCUAUGUCCGAAUCAUAUACGUGGCCAAGGAACGGGUGCUGUCCUGGUCUGGAACCUUCAACCCAGAGAGAGAGUGGCGAAAGGUGUCAUUAGCUGAGGAGAUAAAGCCGCUCAAGUGGUAUCCGUCAGUGUACCUGCUGGUGUCCCUGUUUCCUCUCAUUAACAGGAUCCACAACGCUUUCAACCCCCUCCAGCCUGUGUUCUCCCUGACUCUUCUGCAUGUUAUCUCAGCUCCGCUCCAUGGCCUGGCCAAUGCCUUCGUGUUCGGGCUGGAUAAGGACACCUGGGGCCAGCUGAACUUCACCAGCAUGCAGCUGGCGAUACACUCCCGCUUGUGUGACAGGACGCUGAUAAAGGAGUACCGUACUGGGGCUGUGCGCUACAUGCCCCCGGCUGAGGCGAGCUCCUUGGAUUUGGGGGACGAUGACGACGACGACACCACUGUGCUGUUCUACUCCCCGGCGAUGACUCUUAAGGAAAGGGGGUCGUGAUGCAGGCUCCCCACCCCCAGAAGCAGCAUUACAACCUCCACUAAGCUAGCUGCCUGUGUGUGGCGGCAGAAAGCAGCAGCAGCAGCGGAUGGGAGGACAGCCCAGGAGACACUGGAGAUGAGCUGUCAGCCUUCAUUAUUAAUUUCCAGCUCUUAAUAUUUAAUGUCAUAAAACUGCAGCUCCCCCACACUUCUGCGGAGUCAUCAGACAUGCAGAGGACAUAUCAAGCUGAGUUCCAGAGAUGGAAAGGGGGGAGGGGGGAGGGGGGUGAGAGAGUGCAGUGUACGUGGCUUGCUGGCUCUCAGAGCUUUGAAGGGGAUUGAGAUUUUUUUUUUAUUCAUACAGUAUAUGGGUCUUCCCCAAUUGUUUUAGUUCAUUAUGCAGAUGUGUACAA